AUGGCGGUGUCCGCUGCGGUCCGGUCGAGCGUGGGACUGUCUUGGAGACUCACGCAUAGAGUUAUGCCAGACUGUGGCUCAUGUCCUCUGUACAGACUUAACGCCUGUGUCGGUGGUAUAGCCAGUCCGUCAACAGGGCGAUGCUUUGAUCGUUUUCGGACUUCACAUCGAAACUUGCAGACCACAAUCGGUCUAUACAGCAAUGAAGAGAUGAGCUCCAACGCGGAGGACCCAGACGAUGUGGUCAAUGUGGUGUAUAUAGAUCGGUCUGGCCAGAGAAUCCCAGUGAAGGCUAAAGUGGGAGAUAAUGUGCUGUAUCUGGCUCACAGGAAUGGAAUUGAACUGGAAGGAGCCUGUGAGGCAUCACUAGCCUGCUCAACAUGCCAUGUUUAUGUGAACAGCAGUCAUCUUGACAAACUUCCAGAGCCAGUUGAAAGGGAGGAUGACAUGCUGGACAUGGCGCCCUCACUUCAGGAAAACUCCAGGCUGGGCUGUCAGAUCAUUCUUACCCGGGAACUGGACGGCAUUGAAUUGACCCUGCCCAAGGUCACCAGGAACUUCUACGUAGACGGUCAUGUUCCCAAACCCCACUGAAGAGAAAUAAUCAGCAGUGGUGAAGAGAGGGAUUAAAGAAAGGGUGUAGAAUCUAGCCUGUCACGUUACACUGGUUCUGCGAAGGGAGAAAGUCAACAGCUGUGCACGGUUAGGAUAAUGAAGCUGAUAGCAACUCCCAAAGAAGACCUCUGUCUACUGAGUAGUACUUACAUUAAUGACAGGCCAGUCUACCUUAAGUGGGUAUUUUAACACAUUCACAGCAAUGUUGAAAUGGAUGGUGACCAACAUUUUCAACUGGCGCAGUGCCUGUAUUUAAUUGCAUACAAUGUAAACGUAAAGGUCAGAGCAGAUAGGUCAUCUAACACCAUUCAGUCUCACAAAUCCCACCCCUCCAUUUAUCAUCCUUUUAUCAUUGAAUGGAAACAUUCCACUUUACCGCUGAUAAACGCACAAGUAAUAAGUGGUCAUGAUUUCUCAGUUAUUGUCACCUUUAUUCACUGUCAUCGUUAAUGUAUGCAUAGCAUUUACUGGAGCAUAUAUGUAUGUGUACUGAAAAACUCUGAAUACUUGUGGUAGCUUAAGUACCCUGGUAUCUUUUUUUUAAUGCAUGCUCAAAAUAAUCCAGGUAAGAAAAUCAAAUAAGGUUGAAUCAGUUCAUCUGGAUAUAGUGUUUAUUGACAUAAGUUUCAUCACUCAUCGUUGUAUCCAGAUGAACCGAUUUAACCUUUUAAGUACCCUGGUAAUGAAACGUUUUAUUUAUAAAGCUUGAGUGAGCUUCUUCUAGCAUGUUAUUGAAAACAGCCUGGAGUCUCUCAGCCAGUGUGUAGAACAGGGCUCUUUUAAGAAGGGGGGGACAUACUACCAGAAUUUAUCACAAUUGACAAAAGUAAAAUU